AGACAAUAUCGUCCCCGAGUUCGGUGAAACAGCGAUUACCGUGGAAGGCAGGGUGCAGGUUCGCGUUUGCUUUUGCAUCCUAGACCAUACAGCUUGGAUCUAAAGCGACAUGGAGACGGACACUAGGACAGAGGUGGUGCUCCUAGCUUGCGGCUCCUUCAAUCCCAUUACUAACAUGCACAUGAUACUCUUUGAACUGGCCCGGGAUUACCUCCAUGAAACUGGAAAAUACAAAGUUGUCAAAGGUAUCAUCUCCCCAGUGGGCGAUGGCUACCAGAAGAAAGGCCUGAUUGAGGCCUAUCACCGUGUUGCCAUGGCAAUGCUGGCCUCAGAGAGUUCUAAUUGGGUGACGGUGGACCCAUGGGAGAGCGAGCAAGAGGAAUGGGUUGAGACAGCUAAUGUCGUUCGGCAUCACCAUGAAAAAUUGAUGAUGUCUGGCCAGUGUAAAGAGGAAGUUGAUCAUGUGAAGAAAGGAAAAAAGAGGAAGCAUGGGGCCAGAGAGGGUGGAGUAUCGGAGAAGCUCUUGAAUACUGCUGUUCCUGAGCUGAAGCUGCUGUGCGGCGCAGACUUCCUGGAGUCGUUCGGCAUUCCGAACUUGUGGAAGCAGGAAGACGUUGCUGAGAUUGUAGGCAAGUACGGGCUGGUCUGCGUCACUAGAUCCGGGAGCGAUGCGCAGAAGUUCAUUUACCAGUCUGACCUCCUGUGGAAGCACAAGAAGAACAUUCACCUGGUGAACGAGUGGAUAACGAAUGACAUCUCUGCCACCAGGAUCCGCCGCGCCCUGCGGAGAGCGCAGAGUGUCAAGUACCUGUUACCAGAGCCCGUGGUCAAGUACAUUCAGAGCCACAAUCUGUACAGCCCAGAGAGUGAGGAAAAGAAUGCUAAUGUUAUACUAGCACCAUUGCAGAAACACGCCAACAUUUACAUUUCUGCAGCUCGCUUUCAAGAGUGCUCCUGUCCCCUGUUGAAUUCUAACAUGCCUGCCGAUUACAACGGUACCUGGAAUAUGGUCAGUAAUGACAACUUUGAAGGUUACAUGCAAGCAUUGGGCAUUGAUUUUGCUACUCGGAAAAUCGCUAAAAUGCUGAAGCCCCAAAAGGUGAUUGAACAGAAAGGGGAUUUCUUCAAAGUCCAGACUCUAAGCACCUUCCGGAAUUACAACGCGGAGUUCACAGUGGGGGAGGAGUUCAACGAGGAAACCAAAGGACUGGACAAUCGCAAGUGCAAGACGCUAGUUACGUGGGAUAACGACAGACUCGUUUGCGUGCAAAAGGGAGAGAAGAAUAACCGAGGCUGGAUACACUGGAUCGAGGGAGACCAGCUAUUUCUGGAACUAUCCUGUGAGGAUCAAAUCUGCAAGCAAGUUUAUAAGAAGGCUGAUUGAUUAAUGUUUCUUGAAGAGGGAGGAGGGAGGA